CUUUCCCCCUCUCCUUUCCUUUUCACGAACCCGAAAGAUGCUUUUCCGCAUUGCUACCCGCACAGCCCCCGCCCUCCGGGCGCUCGAGGCCGCCGCCGCCUCCGCCGCCCGCCCCGCUUCCAUGGUUGCCUUCUUCUCGACUGUCACUCGUACCCGGCCUGGUGAUCGCCUGAUUGUCCCCAACGAGCCUUCUGAUGGCAACCCCGCGCCCCUCUUCCCCCGGCCGGACAGCUCCGCCCUGCUGGCCAACCUGAAGGAGAACGCGGCCCCCCUUCCCGAGGGUUCUACCCCUGCGGAGACCUUCAUGGCCAAGAUCCAGGAGCGCACCCUCCUCGGGCAGGCUCCCGCCCAGUCGGACUUGCUGAACCUGGCUCGUGCCAUUGACUCAGAUGCCGACCUGGCUCUCUUUGACGAGGCCAUCCAUUCUUUCCGUGUUCGCCAUCAGACCAUCAACAUCCAGACCGGUGGUGCUCUCGCCAAGGCCCUCAUUCGCAUCAACCAGCCGCUGCUGAUGUUUAAGUACUUCAAGAAUCCCUCCAAGUACACUCUUUAUCCCUCUUUCCAGGAUCUUCAGGGGCUGCUGUACCGCCUGGCCAUCGACUGCCGCGCCGACCCCAGCCUGCUUCCCCGCUGCUUCGAGGCUUUCCGCAUGAUGCGCCGCCAGUACACCCCGAACGUCACGACUUUCUCCCUUCUGAUCCGCGCUUGCCUGAAUGCCAAUACCAACGACAGCACCAUCUAUGCUGCGGAGGUUUUCUUCUACCCGAGCAACCUCCCCUGCCUGAAGCCGGUCGGCGAGAACCUGGAUGUCCUGCUGCCGAUCAUCGUCACUCGCUUGAUGGCGAUCCAGGACGUCGAGCCGAAGGCGGCCCCUCUGCUUGCUCGCCUGCGCAUCUGCACCGUCCAGUUCGCUCAGUUCCACAACCGUGGGGAUCCUCGGGGUGCCUUCAUUCCGGAGUCUCUGCUCAAGAUCUUUAAGAUUACUCUGGACGAGAUCCAGGCCUAAGGUCUUCCUCCAUCUCUCCCCUCCCCCCCCCUUUUUCUGCCCUUGUUCCCCGUCCCCCCCCC